AUGACAACGUCGGGUCUGGCAAGCCCACCUUUAUCAGGAGUCAUUUCUCAUGAUGUGGAGCUAAUGAACUUUUUCGCAUCUGAUAUGCCAACGGAAUGGAUGACUUGGAGCUCUGAUGGCACAUCUUCCAUCAAUCCCAACAGCGUGGAGCCAAGCAACUCAAGUGAAUCACUUGGGUCUGUAUCAGACAACUCUGAUUUAUCUCAGAAAGGCCAUGACACAGUAAAUGAAAACCCGUCUGAAGAAGACUUCCAGCCUGAAAUGCCUUUGGAUGGCACGUUAGCACGCGAUGUGGCCGGUCUCACAUCCUGUCUUUUCGAGCUUGUCCCAUCACCUCCUUUACAAAAUCGGCGAGCUCAUCCAACUGAAGCAUCAAAGCCAUCUACGGACACAUCUGCUACUAUACGACCAACAACAACAACACUAAGGAGUAUUUUGCAAUAUAGUGAGACAUUACGAAGCAUGGUCACCAAUUCACGAUAUCAAUCAUCAAAGCCAUUACCAGGCCGAGCAGAUCCCGACGUAAGCGAAUUGGCCCUUGACGGGCCAACGAAGCUACUGCUGCUAUCUUGCUACACCAAGAUAUUUCAGGCUUUUCGCCAGAUCUUUGCGGACGUCUACUCUGGCCUCAAAAGCGGUGCAAACAUGUCAGAUCUUUUAUAUGAUCUGCGCGUAGAAGAUGUCAUCCUUGACGGAGACGAUGAUCUCAAAAUUUUAGUUCUCAUGCAGGUCGUGACACACAAGCUUAACACCCUUGGAAUGCAGCUUGGUAUUCCAGAAAAGCAUUACAUCAGCGUUGGACCGGGCGGUGGUCCAGAAGCUGCAAAACAAUACCAACCUCGUGGCCGUCAACAGAACUCAGAUGUGACGGAGCCAACACUCGAUGCUAUUCUAUCAGGGAGUGGAAUUGAUAGAUGUGUUUUUUGGGGUGAGCAUAAGGAAAUCAACAAGACCAUGGAAAGCGCUGCUGCUGCCUUUAGAGAAGAACUGGGUCUGCUUCGUGCGCAGCUUGGACAUAGAAAUCGUUGCAGAGCUCUAUCUGUUGCAACUUGA